AUGACUUACAAUGACACAGACCUCGGCCAGGUCUCCUUCAUCCUUAUUGGCAUCCCCGGGCUGGAAGCCUUUCACCGCUGGAUCGCCAUCCCGUUCUGCCUCAUGUACAUCAUCACGCUGGUGGGGAACUGCACCAUUCUCUUCAUCAUUAAGACAGAGACGAGCCUUCACAAACCCAUGUACCUUUUCCUUUCCAUGCUGGCCAUGAAUGACCUGGUCAUUACCACGUCUGCCAUACCCAAAAUGCUCAGCAUCUUCUGGCAGGACUCCCAAGGAAUCGGCUUCACUGCCUGCCUGGUGCAGAUGUAUUUCAUCCAUGCUUUCUGCAUCAUUGAGUCUGCCAUCCUGUUGGCUAUGGCCUUUGACCGCUAUGUGGCCAUCUGCUACCCACUCCAGUAUGCAACUAUCUUGAACAACGCGGCUAUUGUUAAGAUGGGACUGGCUGCAGCAGCCCGGGGAGUGAUCCUGGUGAUUCCCUGCCCUGCCCUCAUCAAGAGGCUACCCUACUGCUCCCGGAAAAUCAUUGCACACACUUACUGCGAGCACAUGGCUGUGGUGAAGUUGGCUUGUGCAGACAUCACUAUCAACCAGAUCUAUGGCAUCUGUGUGGCACUAUUUGUGGUAGUGCUGGAUGUGAUACUCAUCGCCACUUCCUACGUAGUCAUUCUCCAAGCUGUCUUCAGACUUUCCUCAAGUGAGGCCCGUGCCAAGGCUUUGGGCACUUGUGUAGCCCAUGCUUGCACCAUCCUGGUCACAUACACACCUGCCCUCUUCACUUUCCUGACUCACCGGAUUGGCCGAAAUGUCCCACCUUACAUUCAUAUCCUCCUGGCCAGCCUCUAUCUCGUGGUACCCCCCAUGGUGAACCCACUGGUGUAUGGGGUGAAAACCAAGGAAAUCCGUGACAAGGUGUACAGCCUUUUCAGCUAUGGCAAGAAGACGGUUAAAAAAUAUUAA